AUGUCGGAAGGAGCCCUCAAGCCCGAGAAGGACUUCUCGAAGGAGGCCGACAAGCAGAUCCCCGAAGCGGAGCAGCUCGCAUCGAGCGACAUCCAGGCCGCUGUCGAGCGUCUUGCCGUGCUCGAGAAGCAAACUCGUCAAGCUUCAGAUCUCGCCUCCACGUCUCGCGUGCUGGUCGCCAUCGUCACAAUCUGCAAGAAUGCGAAGAACUGGUCUCUUCUCAACGAGCAGGUGCUCGUCUUGUCGAAGAAGCACAGUCAGCUGAAGCAGGCCAUCACCAAGAUGGUGCAGACCGUUGUUGGCUUCCUCGACGAGACGCCAGACCUCAAAAUCAAGCUGUCGCUCAUUGAGACUCUACGAACUGUCACCGAGGGCAAGAUCUUCGUCGAAGUUGAGCGCGCGCGCGUCACCAAGAUUCUGUCCGAUAUCAAGAAGGAACAGGGCGACCUCAAGGCUGCGACAGAGAUUCUGUGCGAACUGCAGGUGGAAACGUUUGGUUCCAUGGACCGGAGAGAAAAGACAGAGUUCAUUCUUGCGCAGGUCGCCUUGUGCAUCGAGAGCGGAGAUUGGACCCAGGCCGGCAUUCUGAGCAGGAAGAUCAGCACCCGGUAUCUGUCCAGGAAACCGAAGAAGACACCCGAGCAGCUGGAGAAGGAGCAGAAGGAGCGCGAGAAGAAGAGACUUCGUGGUGAAGAGGUGCCAGAAGAAAAGGUGGAUGACACAACAGACCUAAAGCUGCGAUACUACGAGCAGCAGAUCAUCCUGGCGAAGCACGACAACAAGUACCUCGAGGUUUGCAAGAACUACCGACAAGUCCUGGACACGGAGGCUGUCGAGAACGACCCUGCCAAGCUGCACCCGGUGCUCCAGCGCAUCAUUUACUUUGUUAUCCUCGCACCCCACGACAACGAGCAGCAUGACCUCCUGCACCGAAUUCUGCGUGACACCCGCAAUGCCCAGGUGCCCGUCGAGGAGGAGAUUUUGAAGCUCUUCACAGUUCAUGAGCUUAUGAGGUGGCCCGAAGUGGCCAAGAGGUUCGGCCCUGAUCUCUGCCAGACCGACGUUUUCGACGCCCAGGCCGGUCAGUCUGCGGAUGAGAAGGCGCACCAGCGCUGGGAAGAUCUUCGCAAGCGUGUCAUUGAGCACAACGUCCGCGUUGUGGCCAAGUAUUACACUCGCAUCCAGAUGAGCCGUCUCACUCAGCUGUUGGAUCUGACCGAAGAUGAGACGGAGAAGUACAUCAGUGACCUGGUCACCUCCAAGACGGUAUACGCCAAGAUUGAUCGACCAGCGCGCAUCGUCAGCUUCGCCAAGCCCAGAGAUGCCGAUGACGUCCUGAACGAGUGGAGCGGCAACAUGAAGAGCCUUCUCGGUCUGUUGGAGAGGAUCGACCACCUCAUCACCAAGGAGGAGAUGAUGGCGCGCAUCCAGCCAACGUCCAAGUCAAGCAAGGGCAAGACGGCCGCGAAGGCACGCUAA